UCUGGUUCAGUCACUGUUAUGAAAACAGCCCGGAGCUUUCAUAAGGAUCGAACCCGGCGGAGGAGACGCUGCUUUACUGAACAUGUCGGUCUACAGGAACGCAGUUUGGUUAGUGAAAGGCCUUCAGGAGUACACCAAGAGCGGCUAUGAAGCAGCAGCGAAGCAUUUUGUCCCAGCCGACUUGGACGUGAACCUGAGUGGGAGGUCCUUCAUGAUAACAGGAGCCAACAGUGGGAUCGGAAAAGCCACAGCACAGGAAAUCGCCAACAGAGGAGGAAUCGUUCACAUGGUUUGUCGAAACAAGGACCGAGCAGAGGCAGCCAAAGAUGAGAUUGUUGAACGGAGUAAAAAUCAGAAUGUUCACGUCCACGUCGUCGACAUGUCCAUUGCGAGACAAGUUUGGGAGUUCGCCCAGAGCUUCUCACAAACCGACGCUGUGCACGUGCUGAUCAACAAUGCUGGCUGCAUGGUCAACCAGAGAGAACUAACUGAGGAGGGUCUGGAGAAGAACUUUGCAACAAAUACACUCGGUACUUACAUCCUCACCACAGCACUGAUACCUGCACUGAAGAAAGUCCAAGAUCCAAGAGUGGUGACCGUGUCGUCCGGCGGGAUGCUCACACAGAAGCUGAACGUGGACGACCUGCAGUGUGAGAAGGGGACGUUCGAUGGCACCGCGGUCUACGCUCAGAACAAAAGACAGCAGGUGAUUCUGACGGAGAGAUGGGCUUCUCAACACAAAGAGAUCCACUUCUCCUCCAUGCACCCAGGCUGGGCCGACACACCAGCUGUCCAGACGUCCAUGCCAUCCUUCCACGCCAAGAUGCAGUCCAAGCUGAGGACGGAGGCCAUGGGGGCCGACACCGUGGUGUGGCUCGCUGCGGCUGCGGCUGCAGUCAAACUGCCAAGCGGACUCUUCUUCCAGGAUCGUAAAGCGGUGGCGACACACCUGCCUCUGGCGUCCUCCAGGUCGACGCCGCAGGAGGAGGAGAAGCUUCAGGCUGCGCUGGAGGAGUUCGCCCUCAAGUUUAAACCUUAGUGUCUCUGCAAAUACACCAAUGUCUUUUAAAACCAAGCACUCAUCUCGAAUUGUAACUAAUGUUUACAUAUUUGUUUUUUUGUUUCAAUGCACAAGACACAUUUUACACUGUUUUUGGACCAAUACCUUAAAGAACAGAUGGUUCAGCAGAGAAUGAUAUAAAGAACUGCUAUUUUUUCAUGAUCCAAAAAUGGAAAAUGUAAAAUGCUCCAUACUAUACAUCAGGGAUGCUUUUCUGUGAAUGUAUAACACAAAAUGGAAAUUUAUAAAAAUUUCUGUGCAACAUAUUGUUCAAUUCCUUAAAACUAUUGUGAUGUUUUCAUUCUUUCACAAGCCGAUCAUUUAUAUGUAUGGAUUCAGGCCACUUUGUAUAGACACAGAGUAGUCACCACUUAACAUCCAUCUGCUUAAAAAUGUUUACCCUUAACAAUGCUGCUAAAACCUUUAUCUUGCUGAUGUUCUCCUUUACAUUUGACAUCUAUGGUACUUCUGUCCGUCCUGGGAGAGGGAUCCCUCACAUGUGUCUCUCUGAGGUUUCUACCUUCUUCUUAACCUGUUAAAAGGGUUUUUAGUAGUUUUUCCUUACUCUUGUUGAGGGUUAAGGUCACACCAUGUUAAAGCCCUAUGAGACAAAUUGUGAUUUGUGAAUAUGGGCUAUACAAAUACAAUUUGAAUGAUCUGUAAAACAUUUUUGGAAAAGAUACAUGUUUAAAUUUCACCAAUUCAGUCUUUGUCCUAAAGACAAUUUAGUAUAAUACUGAAAUUGAAGUUUCUGUUAAUUUGCAAAUAAAUUAGGAUAACCCUAGUGACAGAAAA